AGUGACGAUAACAGUUAUCGCGCGCGAUGUGCGAGUACGGGAUUUUUGAAAACCGAGGCAUCAACAUUUUUUUCACGAAUAUUCGUGAUCGUGACACAAUUGUCUUAUGCAUUGUUUCGUCAUGAUGUCAUAAGCUCAAUGAAAAAUCUAAUUCGACAGCACGCCCGUGACGAACGAUAUUUCACUGGACACUCGUUUACCGCCGAGACCGUACGAUAUGUUUCACCAAACGCAUUGCACGUCGUCGGGCUCGCUGUUUAAAAAUCUGCUGCGUUGUUCACAAUCGAUAUUAAAAUGCAACGCGUCGUCGUUGGACGGGAGAAUGAUGAACAAAGUAAUGGGUCUCACCCGAAAAUCCAAAAAAGUAUGGUACCAGUCCAAUGUUGGAGCCAAUCCUACCUUUGAGGAGCUCAUGAAACAGACGACCAAAAACAAUGCAGGCCGUCAGGCUAACAAACGAGUGGAUGUACUGAACAAGUUGAUAAUGAAAAAUAUUACCGACAUCAUGGCGACUGGUGAACAGUCGGAAAAACUUAUUGGGUUUGGUCUAGAAGUAUCAAAGGUUACUAUUGCAGGGGAUUAUCGAUCAGUUAAUGUGUUUUGGAUGGCUAGUAAAUCCGAAGAUGAUUCCCAAUUAGAGCAACUAUUACAGUCUAUAAGUGGUCCACUGAGACAUGAAUUAUCUAGAUUAAGAAUUAUGGGAGAAAUUCCAAAAAUACAAUUUGUCAAAGAUAAGACCUACUCAAAUAUUGCAGCAGUUGAUCGACUAUUAAAUAAAGCAGACUAUGGUGAUGAUUUUAUACCAACUUGUCCUGCGUUAUUGAAGAAUCAUUCUAUAGUUUUCACCAGCAUUGAUCCAGAGAUUAAAGAAAAAAUCAAAGAAUUAGAGUUAAAUGAAAAUUUAGAGGAGAGCUAUGAAGAUGAUAUAAUUCCUGAAAUGAAAAUGGAUGUAAUGGGUCUUGAUCAUAGUGCAAUAAUGACUAGAUUGAACGCUUCUAUACAAAAGGCUAAAGCUGUUCAUCGCCUAUCUAAUAAUGAACAAAAUAAAAAAAAUAUCAAAAUUGAAAGUGUUGCAGAACCUCAAUAUUUGUCAUUUACAGAUUUUGUAAAAAAAAGAAAAAUUCAAGAAGCCAAAGCUUUAGGUAGGAGAAGAAGUAGAUCAAUUGAGAAGGAAAUUUAUGACCAAGAAUUUUCAUUAAGUAAUGAAGAAGAAGAUAAUACUAAUAUAGAGGAAUUUCCAUUUAAAAUUUAAA